AUGGCGCCUUCUAGAUGGAGAAGUAGCCAGGGGAAGUUUGGCGCCUCGAACUGGAAAGACAGUUACGCCCUUCUAUGGCAUCACAAUGACCAUUACACUGUUCUUUCGAGAAGGAUAUUCCUUACUCUGUACGAUGCAAAUAUCUGCUCGAACCACUUCUUUCCACUUCCAUCGCAACGUGUUGGCGAUAUCACCGAUUAUGACAGAUUAUACUGGCAAUAUGCGCUUGACAACACCUACAAGGCAUUUCCGGAUCUCCGACGUUGCCACGGUACAUGGAAAAUUUUCCACUGCUACAUCAUUGCUCGCGUGACGAAAUCGGCCAAAACUGGCACUCGUUUUUGCAUAACUCCAUUCACCGAGAGCAAAUUUUUUGCGAGUCCUAUUGAACCAUUUGGCGACUUGACAGGCGCCCCGUGGCGUUUGCCCCUGGCCAGUUUUGCCCGAACAAGAGACAUUAUGUCUGGCAUGGUUCCUUAUUCGGCAGAACCGAUUACAGUGUCAACGCCACUCAAGCAGCGCCUUCUAAGGGAGGGUGUCCAGGGCGGUAAAAUUGAAGUGAGGCCUCUUAAGCGCGCUUAG